UACAAGAAAGUAGCUGCAGCUACUCCUGCAGCUAACCAUUUGUGGGUGACAUGGGCUAUGGGGAGUGCAGGUUCUUAGCCCUCUGCUCCCAUAACAACAAUAAAGUCUAGUAACUAUAUUGUAAUUAGUAUGUGUCAAGAACACUUUUAUUUUUUAUUUUUUGAGGUGGAGUCUUGCUCUGUCACCCAGGCUGGAGUGCAGUGGUGCGAUCUCAGCUCACUGCCAUCUUUGCCUCCUGGGUUCAAACGAUUCUCGUCUCAGCCUCCGAGUAGCUGGGAUUACUGGUGCAGGACACCACACCUGGGUAAUUUUUUGUAUUUUUAGUAGAGACAGGUUUCACCAUGUUGGCCAGGCUGGUCUGGAACUCCUGACCUCAGAUGAUCUGCCUGCCUCAGCCUCCCAAAGUGCUGGGAUUACAGGCGUAAGCCAUGGUGCUCUGGACCUCACAUACUCUUCUUGGCUACACAAAUGAACUGUUAAACCUCACAAGCACCUUUAAUGUAUCCUCAUUUGGAAGAUGAGGAAACAGGCACAGAGAGAUUAAGUAAUUUGCCAGAAAUUAUACAGCAGUGAAUGGUGGAGUCUUGCACUAAAGUGAUGCUCUUAAAUCUAUGCUCUAUUGCAGAGAUGUCCAAUCUUUUGGCUUCCCUGGGCCACACGUAAAAUACACUAACACUACAAUAGCUGAUAAGCUUUAAAAAAUUGCAAAAAAACCUCAACGUUUUAAGAAAGUUUACAAAUUUUUGUUGGGUCGGAUUCAAAGCCAUCCUGAGCCGCUUGCUGCCCAGGACUGCGGUUGGACAAGCUUGCUCUGCUGCCUUUCCUCCUAAGGCAGGCCUUAGCCUGAGGGGAUAUCAGCUAUAAAACGGAUGAGGUGAUCUCUUGGCCUCCACAGCAGUUUUCUUUUUCUGUGCCAGGAAGCCAACAAUGUUCUCAACCGUAUGUGGUUCAUAAAGCCUCAAAGAUUUACUCUGGCCCUUUAUGAAUAAGGUUUACCCCUGAUCUAAAGCCUUUAAAUUAUCUUUUUGGUAUUAAAGGUACCAUUUUCCCUUUGCCCACCGACGGAUGGUGGGGGUAGGUGUGGUUGGCAGUUUUAUGCCUCUAGUUCCUUAGGCUUCUCUCUAAGCUUCGGGGCAUGGAUCUCACCUGUGCAGGUAUGUGGAAUAUGAUGAGUUGUCAAAACUCAGUACAGUACAUGAUAUGGGAUCUGAGAUCUGUUUUUAGAAACUCUUCUAAGGACUCUUCCUGCUAGCAGCAACUUUGAUUCUGGGUCAGACUUUUUUUUUUUUUUUUUUUGAGAUGGAGUCUUGCUCUGUCACCAGGUUGGAAUUCAGUGGUGUGAUCUCAGCUCACUGCAACCUCCGCCUCCCGGGCUCAAGUGAUUCUCCUGCCUCAGCCUCCCAAGUAGCUGGGACUACAGGCGCACACCAACACACCCAGCUAAUUUUUGUAUUUUUGUUUUUUUUUUUACUAGAGAUGGGGUUUCACCAUGUUGGCCAGGAUGGUCUUGAUCUCUUGACCUCGUGAUCCACCUGCCUCGGCCUCCCAAAGUGCUGGGAUUACAGGUGUGAGCCACUGUGCCCGGCCAGACUGUAUCUUUAUUAUCCUAAUUACUGCUAUUGCCUUUUAAGAAUCAAAAGUUAAGAUACUUCAAAACAUGGCCGGAUGCGGUCAGGAGUUUGAGACCAGCCUGGCCAACAUGGUGAAACCCUGUCUCUACUAAAAAUAUAAAAAUUAGCUGAGCGUGGUGGCACACGCCUAUAAUCCCAGCUACUCGGGAGGCUGAGGCAGAAUCGCUUGAACCUGGGAGGUGGAGGUUGCAGUGAGCCAAGAUUGUGCCACUGCACUCCAGCCUGGGUGACAGAGCGAGACUUCAAAACAAAACCUAAAAGAUAAACUACAUUGUGAAGCAGGAUAUGGGGACAAGGCUGGGUCUUACAGUCUUGGGCUCGUCCUCUUAGCCCCUCACUUCCUCAUUAUGUGAUAUAGACAAGAAACCUACUUUCAUGAGCCUUAAGCUUCUCACCCAUAAAAUGGAAAUAUUAUAAAGUUCUUGGGUUGUGAUGGUGAAAUGAGUGACAAGUGUCUGGCAAGAUGGUACAGGCUUAACACAGGGCAACUAACUGAGGAACUCUUCUACCUCACCCCCAAAAGACAGUCCAAUUUUCCCAUUUGCCUUUUUGUCCAGAUUUAUUCCCAGGUCUUGCAACAUAUUUGGGUCAUAGACUUCCUUGAGAAUGAUGAAAACUGUGGACUCAUCCUUACCUUGCAUAGCUUCAAAAAGUUCACAGCCCAGAGGAGGACCAAUGCUUUGAGAGGCCGUUAAUGUCUUUCUCCCUCUGGUGUUUGCCCCAAGCCGCCAAAGUAGACGGCCACCCUCUCCCAUCUUGCUCACCUUGUUCUACACUUAGACUAUUUCUCCCUGGUUCUUUGACUCCUUUGGAGAGACCAGCUUAAAAGAUCCAAACCCCUUUUCUCAGCCCAAACCAGGCACCGAGCCUAUUAUUUUUAUUCCAGGAGUGCUCUACUGAGAUGACCCUGCCGUAAGCCCUGUGAUGUGUGGAGCUUCUGCUUUGGAUGAAAUUAGUCUGCUUUAAGCCUGUGUCUCAUCAAAGGGCUUCCCUCUCUAAGCUUGGGGAAAUGGAUCUCACCUAUGUGGCAGGAGUGCUGAGGUGGUGGGUGUGUGGAAUGUGGUGAGUUUUAGUAGUUCAGUGCUCCUAUACAUGACCUGGGAUCAUUUUAGGGGACAUUCUAUUUGCAGAAAUCCUCAGAGGAGGACCUGAGUAAAACCUUUUAAGGAAGGACAGCUGCUGUGGGCUUCAGUGCUGGUAACCCAUCUGCAGCCUCCAGUCCUGAGUAUGGAUCCCUUACCUGCUACUCUGGCACAACCACUUGCUCCAUUUAAACUUUCUUUUUCCAAAUGCUCCUGCCCCCACAAGCGUUUUUAUCUACGGGCUGCAGAGUCUGAUGAAAGGAAUGCCCUCGCUCUUCUAGUUUGCAGGCAGUCCUCAAAAUGCAGGCCUAAGGUAGGCCCAAAAGUCUAUGCCAGUUCCAGCUAGCAAAAAAGCAAAUACACUUUGACCUUUUGUUGAAAUUUUACCUGGUAAAGUUUUUCCAUUUCAGAGUCUUUCAUCUUUUAUUAGGCACCUCCUGCUUAGGGACAGCAAAAAGUUUCCAAUUACUGCCGACUCCUAGUGAUCCACCUGGCGUGUGUUUCAAACAGCUGCUCAGGUAGCUAUACCCUCUUUCUCCCAUUUCAUCCUAAGCAUUUGCCUCAGAAGCAUAAAAUCUCUGAGAGUUGUAUCCAGAUUUACCAAGCUCUCAGCUAUCCAAUCUGCUUCAGUCUCAUUUUCUUCUUGUAAAUUAGUCAUUUGAACCCCCAAACUGACAGAAUAGGAGACUAAAGCCCAAAGAGGGGAAGGGCUGGCCUAUGGGCAGUUGCACUCUGUAGACCUCAGGCUACUGCUUACCAGCCAAGCAUUCUACCUUAUUAUGGCUGAAACUGUUAAAGGCUACUUAGGCCUUUCUAUUGGAUGAAGGAGCAUGUAGUUACAUGUAUAUUCACUGAGCAAAAUACUUGAUUGUAGAAUCCAUGAAUUUUUUUUUUUUUUUUUUAAUUUCAAGAAGAGGCCUUCACAGUCUCUCAAGUAUGGGAUGGCUGUGGACAAAUACUGUCAAUUCAGCUAAGUGCUGCCUGGAUGUUGCUUUGAGUUUGAUUUUUGCUCCAUACUUACUUAACUAGAACAACUAGCAUUCACGUAGACAUAUGUUAAAAUACUUUCCCCCAACAGUGGUUCCUUCCACAGAAAGUGACUAAUGGUUUUUUCUUUUGGGGAGAGGGUGGCAUACGACAUAGAGGCUUGAACCAAAGGCCUGUGCAAUGUUGUCACACUCAUGAGGAUGUAUGGUCCUUUUCCCCCUACACACUGAGGGGCAAGGGCUUCAAGCUCUUUCUUUCCUUGACUGUGUUAUCAGCUUUACAAAUAAUUAACACAAAGGCUAGUUUGAUCCUGCUAGAAGUACAGGAAGGCAGAAAUGGAGGAUUAGGAGAAUUACUCAUCUUUUGGAUGAACAGUUUCCAAAUCCCAUUUGGCACGUCACUCUAGACUGGUAAAGGGGAAGCUGGCACUGAGGCCACAGACCCAACAGGCUCUAGGACAGCACGUUGUUCAGUCCUUUGCUUAUCUAAUCACAUUUGUGUUCUUUCUUACUCAAUGCUCACUAGGUCACCCACAUAGCCACUUCCCCUCCCAGCAAAAGUUCCCAGUUAGGCCCCUGUCUGGGAUCAUCCAGUAUCCAAGCUCAGGGGUGAAGGGAGGGAGCAGAGAACUAGUCUCAACUGGUUAGUUAGUUGGUAUAUAGGUCUCUUCUCAAUGUUCCUAAAAUGCAUGCAGUGGCAUCCCCCUCAAGGCCUGGCUCCAUGAUUCUGAGAGGACUAGAAUCAGGACAGUCAGAUCUGUGGUCACAUCCUGCCCAAUUCCAGCUCUGAGGUCCAUCAAACCAUCUGCUUCUCCCUUGGCAAGAAGCUCCCUCUAUCUGACUGGCAGCAGGGUCAGUGGCCAUCCUUUUCUACCUUCAGCUGUUUGUUGUGCAUCUCCUCCACGUUUUCCUGGGGUAAAGGAACAAGCAGGUUCUUAUCCAAAUACACAACCUGUGAAGAUGAGACAGAUGGCCCUUGGGAAGAGGUAUUAGCCAAGUUUUCAGUGUGAUGCCUGGCAGAAAGAAUUUGUUGUAUUUAUCUUAAGCUUAUUAUCCUCCCAGGUCAUAGGAAGAUCUAAAGCCCAAUGAAUCUCCUUACUCGGAAUUCACACCUUUCCCCUCAAACUUAAAAUGCCCAUGUCAUUUCACGAGUACCCAUAACUACCCAUGGUUUAGAUACAUGUCCUCCCUUGGUCUAGAAAUCUGCAGCAGUUCCUACUUAAACUGAUGCUUUGGGCUUUGGAGGUAUCUCAUCCCUAUGCCUGCUGCCCUGAAGCUGCCGGAAGGAAAGGCCCCACUCAACUACUGGGAAGAAAGCCCAUAAUUCAAGGCUUUUAAUACAGUCACUACACAAGCUCUCCCUCUGAUUUAGGAGAUCUUGUUACCUCCUCAUCUACAUGUGCUUAAAGACAAAAAGAAACCUAUAAUUAUUAAAUUCACCUGUGGUCCAAGUAAGUCUCACAUCCAGCCAUUCCCCUGAGAGGGCACGAGGCCAGACUUUGAACUUUCCACAGCUGGGUCUUCAUUUUACUAGUGAGAUGAACAGGUGCAGAUUAGGGUGACAGUCCAUCUAAGCAAGUGGACGAUCUGGGGAACUGUAGACCUUGCUGAAGCAUCCUCCCACAGAAAGGAGAUAAGGGCCUUAUCCAAUUGCCUGUACACAAUAGAUUAGUGCUUCUUUCCUAGACAAGGCUGAAAGGGGCCAACAUUAUUUCUGAAGACUUCAUUAUUGGAAUUCUAUGGGAGUGAUCUCACUGAGCUAUUUUGGAAUAGAAAUGUGGCUAGUUGCCUGACCUCCCUCAAUGGUUUCAUGUGGCUUUCAAAGGGAAGGAAGGGCACUGCUGACUUUUGGUAAAAUGGGCGAAAGGGUCCAUGCCAGCAACACAAUCACUCAAAGUCCAGAUGAGGGAUCAGUAAAUACAAUGUGCCUGAAAGGCGGCCCUUGAGCACAUUCCUCCGGUAGACAUUAACUUAUUAAAUUGAUUCUGAUUACAAAUAUAAACUUUGCCCCCAUCUCACCCGGUAACAAUGCAAGAGUCGAUGUCAGUCUAUAAAAGGAAGUAGGAACUGUCCCUGGCUUUCAGGCUCCAACAUCCUCCCUCUGUCAAGAUGUGGCACCUCAAACUUUGUGCAGUCCUCAUGAUCUUCCUGUUGCUGUUGGGCCAGAUAGAUGGCUCCCCAAUACCAGAAGUGAGUUCAGCAAAGAGAAGGCCACGGAGAAUGACCCCAUUUUGGAGAGGGGUUUCCCUCAGGCCUAUUGGAGCCUCCUGCCGGGAUGAUUCUGAGUGUAUCACAAGGCUAUGCAGAAAAAGACGCUGUUCCUUAAGUGUGGCCCAGGAAUGAUGUACAUACCAGGGGAAGAAAGGACAGCAGUCACCUCCGAUAAUGCUCCGUUCUAUGGAAUAUUGACUGCAUUUUGGCUGGAGAGACCCAAGUGAAGCAAUCUUGUAUUUUUAAUAUUUAAAGGCAGAUGUAUGCUUUAAAUUGGUCUCCAUUUCUUCUUAGAAUGUUGAUAUAUGGAUAAGCAUUAACUAAACUUGUCAAUUUAGAGUUUAUUUUUCUAUGGAUACUAUUAAAUGUCUCAAAUUGAAAUUUUAGCAGUCUGGAAUUCAAGCUUUUGAGGGAAAGAAGGAUUCACUUUGUAUACUGAAGAAAAAAACGGCAUUGCCCAAUAAUGUGUUAGCUUCUCAAUCUGGAAAGUGUGGUGACAGCUACAUAAUCAACAGCUACAUACAACUUUAGCAAGUUCCUAAGCUGUGGCCCUGGAUCCCUUCACUCCGUAACUCUUCAGGGAGGUGUCAAAGGUGGUCAAGCUUGGGAGGCUGAGGCAGGAGAAUCACUUGAACCUGGGAGGCGGAGGUUGCAGUGAGCCAAGAUCAUGCCACUGCACCCCAGCCUGGGUGAGAGAGAGACUGUCUGUCUCAAAAAAAAAAAAAAAAAAAAGAUGGUCAAGCACUUGCCAUCUAAUGAAGCACCCAGGUUUGUCUAUGACUGUCUGAACAUAAGGCAGAACAGAAAGAAAAAUCUAGUUUAAUAAAGCAAUGAAAGCCCAAGCCACCAAAAGCACCAAAAGAGAUUUAAGAUUUCUGUUGGGACAAGGUGAAUUUUGACAUAUGCACAAGGACCCAUGGCCAGCAAGUUCAGAAUUUCUGUAAUCAGAAAAUGAGACCUCAGCUGGCGGGAACAGACUUUUAAAGAGUAGUAAUGGACCUUAAGACACAAAACAGGAAUUGCAUGAAAAGGGCUCAGAGUUGAAGAAAUAUAAAGAGUACAGUGUUCAUUAACUUUAAUACAGAAAAUCUAUUUGAUAUUUAUUAAACUUAGUUUCUCCAGCUAUGGUUUGGCAUUGUACAAAGCAUCUUAAUGACACAGUAGAGUUAAAAAGAUCUUUACAAAUUGAAAUGUGAUACCCUUGUCUCCAAAUAUUUUAAUUGCCAUAAAUUUGUUUAAAAAUACACAUUAAACGCAUGUUUGACACUCUAAACUUUCUAUACUCUCAAUACCACAAAAUACAUAUAAUAUACUAUACAGAUGUGGAAAAAUCUAGUUAGUAUAUAAUACUUUGCUCACCAUUAACAGCUUUAUCAUGUGAAAUGCACAUACUGACUUAGAAAUCCUAGCUUUUGAGCCCCAAAGUACCUCUGAAAUUGUAAUGUAUUGCAACAAAUAAAAAUCACAGUAUAUAAUUGAAA